ACGGUGAUAAUAACUCAAUUUACAACCCGCGCACAUGUGACCGUCAAUUCAAAAUUACUACGAAAGCGAGACAACCAAGCACAAAUAUGACAGAAAACGGUGCUAAAUCCGAAACUGUGAAGUCCAGAAAGGAGCGUAGAAUGCAAUGGUGGAGUGAGCAUCAGCAGUAUCAGCAGAAUGAACAAGAUAAACAAGAUGAUUCCACAGGAUCAAGUUCAACAGCUGUGAAGCCUCCUGUAAAAACAGAGAGUGUGGAUGCCCUGGAAACCAAAGGGAAGAAAUCGGGAAAGGCCUCCGGAAAAACUUCAACCAAGAAGUUUUAUGUGCUCUUUGUUGGUCAGAUUCCAUACAGUGCUACAACAGAAGAUAUAACCAAACACUUCUCUAAAGCUGGUGAAUUGAAGUCUGUGAGGUUAGCUACACACAAAGACACUGGUAAAUCUAGAGGAUUUGGCUACAUUGAAUUUAAAAACAACAAAUCAUACAUGAAUGCGUUAGCAAUGCAUUUGAGUAAACUUCAUGGGAGACCCAUCAAUGUUGAGAUCACCUCUCCCGGUCGUGGUACCAGUCUCUUCCGGAAGGAAAACCUGAAGCGUAAGAACGAGGAGAUGGCUCGUUUUCGUGGACUCAAGGAAGGAGACGCUGCAGGGGGUGCUAUGUGCAUACCAUCAUCCAAACCACACCCUGGUAAUAAGAAACAGAAGUUCAACAAAGGCAAGAGGUGACCUUUGAAACGGUGUCGUCAUGGACAAUAGACUUUAUUUGGAAGAAUCAUCGUGGAGUUACAACCUGAGCUGUCAUGGCGUAAGCUGCAUGGUCAUGAAAAUGAUAUUGGAAUUAUCUGCACAUUGAAACUUCAAUGAAUAGCCGAUAUUGGCUAUUGCUUUAGGAAAUAUUUCAAAGAAUGGGAAAUAUUAAUGUUUCAGACAUAAAAUUGCAGUAAAGCAACAUGUCAUAUAACACAGACAUUCCUUAAUAAAAAAAAAGGCUCUGACCCAUUUUUAGAUAAAACCAUAUUGUGCAAAUUUUUUAGAGAUUUAAAAAUUAAAUGAUUCUUUCAGGUUGAAAAUAACUAUUAAAAUGCUAAUGUCAACAUUAGAAAUAAUGGCAAGCCUUAAAUAUACAGUGAUGGCCGAAUAUGCGGGAAACCGGUGUGUUGGCUCAGUUGGUAGGGCGUCUGUCUCACAACUAGGAGGUUGGGAGUUCAAACCCUGGUCGUGUCAGACCAAUAGACGUUUAAAUAUGUGAGUUGCUGCUACCCUGUUUGCCGUUUAAUGAUUAAGGGAUAGAGCCUCAUCAAUAUGGCGCUGCACAGCAGCUGCCAGGCCCACAAUUGGGCAAAGCAAAUUUUCAGAGUAUUUCAUGUCUAUUUUGAACAAUAAAAAUUUUUAUGGAUAUUUUUUGAAGCGUAGAGAAUGGUUCAAUUAUUUUGAUGUAAUUAGAGUUCUAAAUUGAAUUUGCUUUAAUACAUGUGGAGAGGGAUAAAAUGUUAAAAAUCAUCAAUUAAGUUUUAAUAAGUCCAUUUAGAACUUUGGACAGGAGUUUGCUCCAUAUUUUCUCAUCAAUUGAUAUGUUUAAUUCCAAAUUUGGAUUGUUAACCAAUCAUAAGGGGUGUUGGCUUCAAUCUAACUCUCCUGGGUCAAAGGGGUAGGGUCACAUUGAGUGAUCAAUCCUAACCGACUCCUUCUGAACCUCUCCUCUUCCAAUGCAUCAGUGUCCAGUGGCGGGCCAAGCCGGGUAGGACACAACACCAUUACAGGGGUAGUGUUUUUUUGGUAAACAAUAGUCAGCCCCUCAAAUCUGUUGUGUCUCGGCCGUCUGGAUCUACCCCAUGAUGUGUUUAUUUCAGCCAAAGCUUCAGAAAAUAUUGAAUGUGAUCAAUUGAUCAUUUGAUAUUUGAUUGUGGUGGACAGUUUAAUAACUGAUCGUGAUAGUAGGGCUGGUGAAAUUCAAAUCUUGCUACUAAACAGUACUUGAAGCUUGAUACAAAAUACGAUUGGUAUUCCAGUUCAUGUGCAACAAAGUGUGUCUACUUCUUGGGGUGUUUCACAAAGAUUUAUGUUUGACUAAUAGUCCUACUUAAAUGUGUUUUAUGAAUUUGAACUGAUCAAUGUGGUGAUGUGAUAUACCAGUAUACAACUCAUAACUUGGACUGCAUUUUUCAGUCAGACUUAAUUCUUUGUAAAGCACUCCUUAAAUAUUAAAAGUUUUAAAAUUCUUUGCCAGUGACAAGCCCAGGCUGAAAAGAGGGUCAACGUGGGAGAUUCCAUGAAACAGUGAAUUUCACCCAUUAUUGUUAUAAGCUAGGAAAUUAUUAUUAUCUGACACAAAUGAACAUUGCUGAAUUUUGGACAUAAAAGGUGGUGAACUGCAGCACCUCUGUUAAUUCAUGAACGUGAAAAAUCUG